GGUCCUUCACAUCAACAUCAAUCUGAGCGUCACUUUUUUGUAUUUUUUGUCAAAUAUCAGGGCUUGCCUUUCGAAGCUUAGAUUUCAGUUCGCGUGUCCAUAGGCCGGUACACUCUUAGACUGCUUAAGUUCUUUGCCAUGAUACCUUCAACUUCCGCGAGUGGAGGGGCGCCACGAGUCCCCUCAUGGAAACGAUUAGGCUUAAAGUUGAAAUCGGCCCCAGAUUCCUCAGAUUCAAAUUCUCAAGCCUCAAUUGCCGAACCUCAAAGAGAAAUCGAGAUAGCAAAUAGGAAAAGACCAAGAGACGACACCGAGUCCGAGCACGAAACGUCUGCGAAAAAGCCGAAGAACCUCAACUCUCAUCCUCCUGCUUCUGAACCACAACGAUCAAUCGCGCCUGAUUCAAUUUUUACUACACCCAGAAAAUCUGCACUAAAGAAAUCAGUAACAUUCACCCCGGAAACAAAAUCUCAAGAUGGAGAUAGUAUAAAACAGUUAUACUUAGGUUGGGUGGCUGAUCAAAAAGCACAAGACGACUUUUUCUACGGUCCUUCUACGAGUCAAGCUUUUGAAACACCUGCACCACCUAUAGUCGAAGAACAGUUUGAUACCACACUCCCAGAAAAGGAACGGAGGGUGAAAAGAGUCAAGAAGGCAAAAUCGGAAGCCAAACAAGAAAAUGGUACCAGUGAGAAGGAUUCAACACCCCAGAAGUCUGUGAAGAAGUCGAAAGUCUCCAAACCAAUUGCCGCCCCACGUCCGUUCUUAGCAUAUUUAAAACAAUAUCACGAAUCGAAGGAGACGUGGAAGUUCAACAAAAACCAUCAAAAUCACUUAUUGAAACACGCUUUCAACAUUGAGGUCGUUCCCUCCGAUCACGUCCAUCUUCUCUACGAGUACGUCAGAGGUUUGCAGGGAGGGGUUAGAAAAAGACUUCGAGACGAGGCAUUAGCUAUCAAGGUGAAAGAUCGAGAGUCUGACGCUUCUGGAUUUCCAGCAACCAUGGCAGACAGUAGCAAGAGACAACGAGAGUACGACCUUGCCAUGAACGAAUAUGUUGCAUCAAUGACUGCCGCUGGAGCGUCGUCUCAAAUGGGAUAUGAAGAAGGUGUAAUUAUGGGACUGUCGGACGUAGCAAUGGCUCCUAGAAUGGCCAAAAGAAUGAGAGCUGAACAAAUUCUUGCUGAAUUGGGCUCUUCGUCUUCCGAAGAGACGACGGAUACGCAAGCCACGGAAACAGAAUCUGUAGCAACGGACGGAGAAAAGAGGCUGCGAUUAAAUGAUGGUACCCCCCAGAAGAUCGGAAGGAAAAGAAAGCAACGGACACUUGCCGCUGACGAUUCAAGCUCUUCUGACUCAGAUUCAAGUAGUGACUCUGAUGAUAGCAGCUCCGAUGACGAGUCAAUGGUGGACGGUAACAACAAAGACGAUACAUCAUCCAGUUCAUCAAGCAGCUCAUCUAGUUCGGGUAGUGAUGAUGAGGAUUCGUCCAGUGAAGACGGGUCGAGCAGCAGCGAAAGUGAGGACAGUGAAUGAGGACGGGAUUCAACAUCAAACGAGUGGUAUCGAUAACAUGUUAUCUCUCAUUGCAGUGGUUGUUGAAAAGGGUGGGUUGAGAGCUGCUGUGGGUUGAAGACUAACAAAUCGCCCCAACGUUUCUUGCCUACAAACUACAGGCAUCAAUUGCAUAUUCGAUAGCUUAGCUGGAGAUGAUGGAAAUGGCUAAAUCCGGUUUCUGAUUUCCUUUUGGGUGGCCAAUAAGGGAUGGCUGAGCAGAUAAUAUAUAGUGGUGGCUGUUCAGUGGUUGCAUUUUCUCCGAUAUCCAAAUCAACCACGAUAUUGUUAACUGAGAUACCCCAACAAAAGACAUGGCAUCAAGUACCAAUUGUUCUUUUAUCACCAAUAAUACAACAAUUCUCGCACACUAUUUAUUGCUUCUUAUCAGCGCCUACCUAGUAAUAAUGUGAUACUGUAUGCA